AUGCUUGCUCUUGACAUCCUGGAGUCCAGCCUUGCCCCCCUGGAGAGCGUGCACGGUGAGGUCACAGCCGCCGCGACCUUGGCAGGAAGGUUCCCACAGGCGCUCCCGCAAAGGCUGCUGCGCGUCGGUCCCGGGUGCGGCACGCGACGGUCCCUGGCCGACCCCUUUCCCCCACGCACGCAGGCGCCUUCGCACUCGCAGACAUGCAUGCACACACGCCUGGUCCCUGCUCACCUGUCAAAGGUGCGGGUCUUCGUGGCCUGCGCUGUCGUGCCACCGCGGCCCGAGCCGCCCGGGCUCGGCGCGGAGUCAGCCGUGGAGGACCGAGAGGACGGCGCUCGCUUGCACACCGGACGGGAUGGCCCGGUCUGCGGAGGGCGUCCCGAGUGCGGGGCAUCGCGCCGGUCCCGGUUUAAAUGCGGGCAGCCGAGCGCGGCGCCCGGGGCCGCGCCUCUCCAUUGGCCAGACGCCGCGGCGGGGGCCCGAGCCCGCUAUCCGCCCCCUUUCCCGGUACUGCCCCCGCCCCCACCCCCCACCCCGCCUGCCUCCCCGCGGGGUCCCCUCUCCGCCGGCCUCGCCUCUUUGUCUGCUCCCCCCCGCCCGGGCCGGCUGGGAGAGGUCACCCCAGGGAACCGCGCCUGGAAUGCACAGCAAAUCACAUUUUCCGCUCCCGUUGGAGGGGGAAGUGCGAGAGGAAAUCCCCCAGGCUCGCGGCCGCUCAUUCCUCCUCCGCCCCGGGCCUGGGCUUUUCCUCUCGCCGGCUCCGUUUCGCCCGCGUCCGCCCGGCGAUGCUCUGGCUCCCGGCGCGGGCCCCGGGAAGGACCAGCACCUCGCCAGUGGGAUCGCGGCCCAAUUUUAGACGAGUCUUUUCCCCGUCCAGGAGAGCGGGAGUUCGGGACCCUGCGGUUGAACGGCCGCCCCUGCUCCAGCGCGGCUCCGCCCGAGGCCCCCAACUUCGAGGGCGUUUGA